AUGGGUGGUGUGGGAUGGAAUAGACAAAGUCAUAGAGAUUUUAGUGCAUUUGUGAUGGAUUCUAGGCUUUUUGAGAUUCCCUUCAGAAUGGGGGAUUUCACCUGGACUAAUAGGAGUGGAAUUUUGAAUAUUGUUGAGUGGCUAGAUAGGUUUUUUAUUACUAGGGAUUGGUCAGAAAGUCAUUGGAACCGUGUUGCUGAAAUCCUACUUAUAACAGGUUCGGAUCAUUAUCCAAUAUGCCUCAAAAUUCAGGAUGAUAGUGCUUCGGACAGAUGUUCGUUUAUGUUUGAAGCUAUGUGGUUAAGGGAUAGUAACAUCAAAAACUUAGUGGAGUGUCGGUGGCAUUAUAUCUUAAAAAAAUCUGGUAACAAAGCUUUUAUAUUUUUUGAGAAGCUACAGUUCUUAAAGGAGCAAUUCAAGAAAUGGAAUAGAGAGUUUUUUAGUAAUAUUUUCAGUGAGAAGCUAGGGAUUGAAGAUGAGUUAAAAAUACUCCAUGAACAAAUCACCAGUCAUGGAAUGGAUGAAGAGGCGUUUAAUAAAGAAAAAGUUCUAUAUAAACGCUACUCUGAAGUAUUAGCCAGAGAGGAAAUCUUUUGGCAACAAAAGUCAAGGGAAACAUGGUUGAAGGAUGGAGACAGAAACACAAAAAUCUAUCACACUUCAGUAAAGGUAAGGAGGACUCGUAACAAGAUCUUUUCAAUUAAUAAUGGUGAAGUUAACCCUAGUGGGGAUCUUCACCAGAUUUUGGAGGUUAUUCCUUCAUGUGUCAAGGAAGAACAUAACAAAAUGCUAAUGGAUCUGGUGUCUUUGAAGGAGGUGAAAAGAGCAGUUUUUGGGCUAGGAUCGGAUAAAUCCCCAAGGCCGGAUGGCUUCCCUGCCCUUUUUUAUCAAUUAUUUUAG